AUGCUUGCCUCAAGUAUCCCGGAGGAGUCGCAGGCAGUUCCCCCUUCAAAGCUUCCACCUGGGUUCGUCAGCAGGUCUCGUUGCACCCGUCUGGUGGACCUCCUCUUUUCCGAUAUGCCAAAGGCACUGUCGGUUGUGCACGAGGAGAUCGAGCGACUAGCGCCCAGCUUUGCAAGUCCAGUGGGCAACAACCUGUCCUUCGAGGAGCUCAGCAACCAAAGCGGCAGCUUCUAUGGCAGCAUCGGUGGGAUCGAAACCGAUGGCUUGUGCAGAGCAUUGCUAGAGGGCUGGAGAGUGUGCAGUCUGCUGCUGAACAAGACCGCUCCGCCGCUCUUAUGGCAAGCCGCCGUUCUUGCAUUCACACAAGCUGAUGUGCAUUGCCGCGGGUGGCUUGACCCCCAUGAGGUACGGCAUGCAGAGAUGGCCCCCGUCCUGGCCAAGUCAAGACGUUCCAGCGACUUGCCACUCGGUGAUCAGACAUCGCUGGGCGCUUUCGUCUUCCGAGUGGUGCAUGGCCUCGGCGAUGCCGCUCCUCUGCAGGAUGCCAACGCAGUGGUCGUGAGCGACCCUGGCAGAGGCCAAAAGCUGCCAGAGGCACCCGCAAGUCCCUGCCUGCAAGUCUGCUCGGCGGCUUUUGGCUCGCUGGAGCGCAGCCUCGGGGUGUACCUGUCUUGGUUGUUGCACAGCGAAGAGCCGCGAGACCGAGUCGUGUACCAGAGCGUGAAGUCCAGGAUUUUUGGCUACAGGCGUGCGGACAGCAUGCAGGAUGUUUGGCCGAUGAUUCACAAUCUGCGAUGCCUUCUGGUCCUCCUCCUGACGCACCAGUUUGACACACAGCUCGCUCGAGAAGAGGCAUCGCCCGAACACUUGGCAUGGGAGCUGACUGCCUUGCUGCAGAUCCUCCGUGAGAGCUGGAGGACAGGCGCGAGUCAUGAAGUGGCGGAGAGCGGGCCGGAAUUUGGGCCCGAGCUGGAAGAGGUCGGCGAGACCUAUCGGGAUCAAAAGGGUCCCGUUACUUUCAGUGAUGCUGCAUGA